AGUCAUCGAAACCAGCAGUGAGGAAAACUCCACUUGAUGUGACCAUGAGGCUGUUAGCAUUAGCUCUGUCCGUGGCCGUGUUGUUUACAGUGGGUGAGUGUCUGGACUGUCACAGGUGUGUGUCCAGACGCCCGGGAGAGGAGUGUGAGCUCACCGUGGAGACGUGUAAACCAGGGAAGGAUGGAUGUGCGGCUGCUAAGUUCACCAGGGCUCCAUUUGGACAGUACCAGAAAUGCAUGGCUCUGAAAGAUUGCGAACUGCUCAAGUUGAACGCCUACAUCGACAUGAAAUGCUGCGGCGAAGAUUUGUGCAACACCUUUUAAAAUCCCAUUCUAAAAAGAGCGCCAUAGAAGGACGCUAGUACUUCUCUGUAACCUACAAAACAUCAAAACCACAAAGAGAAAUAAAG